UGGGUGGGUACAAAAGCGCAAUAAAUAGACUUCACUCAGACCCGAGGGCGAUUGAUUACACAGUCAAGAUAUCCCUCUACACAUAUUAUAAUGCUGGCUCGGAUUUGUUUGGUAUUCUGCUUGGCAGCUUUGGCAACAGCAGCUGUCAUUCCUGAUGGCUCAAAAGUGCCUGACUGUUCUGCAUACCACCUGCCCAUCUGCACCCGAGAGUAUAACCCUGUGUGUGGUACUGAUGGGUUUACUUACCCUAACGAAUGCUCACUGUGUCUGGAAAAUAUGGAGUUAAAGGUCAACACACUGAUCUCCAGAAAGGGUGAAUGCUGAGACCCAAAUACGCCCAUUUUUUUGGGGAAUGUGAAAAGGCUUUGGUUGAAUUGCAUCUUUUAUUUUUAACCAAAUUAAGUUUUAACCCUAAGUUGAAGCGUUUGAUCCCUUUUAUUGUAUAUCCAUUCAAUUUUAAUCGAACAAAUGCAUGAAUAAAGCCUUAUAAGUA